CGAGCGGAAGUUCCCUCCCGUUUGAAAGCGCCCGGCGGAGCAGCCGCUCGCCUCUUCCCGCCCUUCGGGCCCACGAUGGCUGCGUUCGCCAUGGAGCCGCCGCCUGCAGGAGCUGAGCCAAUGACUCUCGGCUCCCCGACAUCUCCAAAACCAGGAGCUAGUGCUCAGUUUCUUCCUGGGUUCCUGAUGGGUGAUUUACCUGCGCCUGUGACUCCGCAGCCACGCUCUUUAACCGGCCCUUCAGCCGGGGUGAUGGAAAUGAGGUCUCCGCUACUUACAGGAGGAUCUCCUCCACAACCAGUAGUACCUACGCAUAAAGAUAAAAGUGGUGCUCCACCAGUUAGAAGUAUAUAUGAUGAAUUAUCUAGUCCUGGACUUGGAUCAACACCUCUAACCUCAAGAAGGACAGUCGGCUUUUCUCUAACACAGAGCCCAUUGGUUGGAACUAUGCCAUCAACCCCUGGAACAGCUUCAAGUGUGUUCAGUCCUGCAAGUAUUGGGCAGCCUAGGAAGACUACUUUAUCUCCUGCUCAGCUAGAUCCUUUUUACACUCAGGGUGAUUCCCUGACUUCCGAAGAUCAACUUGACGACACGUGGGUAACUGUAUUUGGAUUUCCUCAAGCAUCAGCUUCAUAUAUUCUUCUACAGUUUGCUCAGUAUGGAAACAUAUUAAAGCAUGUGAUGUCCAACACAGGAAACUGGAUGCAUAUUCGAUACCAGUCUAAACUUCAAGCCCGGAAAGCCUUAAGCAAAGAUGGAAGAAUUUUCGGUGAAUCUAUCAUGAUUGGUGUCAAGCCGUGUAUAGAUAAAAGUGUGAUGGAAAACUUUGAAAGAAGCUCUAUAUCCUCAACAUCUUCGGUUUUCACUCCACCUACAAAAUCUGUCGGCACACCAGUACAACUUGCAAAUAACGCUACAAGGAUUUCUACGAUGAGACCUCUUGCAACAGCAUAUAAAGCUUCCACUAGUGACUAUCAGGUGGUUUCUGACAGACAGACUCCUAGGAAAGAUGAAAGUAUUGUAUCUAAAGCAAUGGAAUAUGUGUUCGGCUGGUAAUAUACAAAAGGAAGUAACACACUAAGUUGGUCAGGGUUUGAAAUAUGCUACUGGCAUCCAUGGUUAGUUGUAUAACUGUUGGUGGCAGUAUUUUAACUUACAUCUCACCUGAUAUGCCUUCAGUUGAUUCAGCAGACAUGUAGCUUGCACUUUAAAUGAUGGCAGUGUACACACGGUUUUAAACACCAAGUAAGUGUAAAUAUAAGUGCUUUUUUCCCAUCUGUGCUCUGAUUGCAUGAUUUUAGAAACAAAUAUCAGCACUGACUUUUCUUCUGUAAUUACUUUCUGUAAAUAACUUCCCAGUAAGUUGGAAAUGUUAAAAUGGCAGCUUUAUUUACUGACACCUUUAAUUUUGUUGGGGUUUUCUUUCUGGAAAGAUGAUGGGCUACUUACAGGAAGAACACUGUGCACAGCUGGCUCCCAGGGACAGGGACUGUUCUUGGUGCAUGUGAUUUAAAUGUUUUUAUUUGGAUUCAUUGCUGGUUUGUAAUUAUCUCUGGCAUAAUGUUCUAAAUGUCAUAGCAACCUUUUCACUCUGUUUUAUUAAUAAAGCUAAAUAAAGUUUUUCUUAGUCUGUUUUUUAAA